AUGGAGCUCGACGAUACCGCGAAACUAAUCGCGGAGGCCCAGGCCAAGCUCGCCGAGCUGGACAAUCGUGUUGCUGUGUAUAGGCUGCAGAUGGCAGCCGAGUUCAAUCGCUUCUCGGGGGAGCAGCUCCAGAAUGUUCCGGAAGAAGUUGCCUACGAAGUCUCGCAGGCUGUGAACAAGUCUCUGGUCAACUACCCUCGCCUGUUCCCUCCUGGAAGCCAUCGUGGCCACAUGUCGCCCUUGCAGUCACCCACAGAAUCCUAUGAUUUUUCCUGGCACAACAAGGGCUCCCCGCCGCCAAUUCUUCCUCACACCUCGGGGACUCCCAAGGAACCUCAUCGAAGCACCCACGAGCGCGAAUUGGAAUUCCAGGGCCUGUUUACCCCCACAUACCUCCCACUUCUCGACAGCGCUGAUCGCCCCAUCCACUCACCACCCACCUCACCCGGUGCAGACCCAACAUCUAACAUCGACGACAAGCUCGCCGUUAGAAACACCCAGACCUCAGAAGGCACCCAGACUUCCGAGGCUCCUCAGACCCCAGACGACACCGCCGUCCCGGAACCCACCCCAACCUCAGAAGGCACUCAAACUUCCGAGAGCCCUCAGCACCGGCCCAGGCCAAGUCUACUGCGUCGUGCAACUGACGCAUCCAUUGAGUCAAUAACAAGCGACUCCAGCAGUGCCAGGAUCCGAAAAAGCGCCCUGCGACGCUCCUCCGCCGCAUCAUCAAGGGGGCCUGAUAGCCCGCGAGAAACUCGACGUGUGCGAUUUGAGGUCCAAGGCCAGGAGGUUUUGCCGUCUUCAUCGCCCCAGGCAUCCACCACGGCCCUUGCAGAGGUGGUCAGUGCCAGCUCAGAAAACUCAACAGCUCUCGCCAACGCCGCACUCCCUGUUACAUCAUUGGGAGACACCGACGGCGAGGACGAUCCCCCACCAAGGAAGGUUUCCUCAUCCCAAGCUCUGCGCGCACUUUCAAAGGAGCCAUUGGAUGAUCCAACCACGUGGACCGUCGUAAACCCUGGAUCUGAAGAUCCAGCUUCUGAUGCCGAUGCUGAUAAGAGCAGCAAAAAGACAUCCACAGUUCCAACAUUGAAUGCAGAGGAUCGCGACGAAAUGGCUCCUAAGCAGCUUCCUAUGCACAUCAAGCCCGAGAGUGGCGGACGAGGCCAGGGUGAUGUGAAGGAGGGUGGUGGCCAUGCGAAGCAUGACACCGUGGUUGAGAGCGUUCAGGCGGCGGAUGAUGAGUCCUCGGACGACGAUGAUCCCCUUAUGAUAAUAUCAAAGAAGGAUUUUAAGAAGAGACUUCGGGCGACCGACUCCCAGGCUCCCAAGGCCACCGACCCUGUCUCUGCUCAGCGCAACCCGCCUGAGCCUGCAGGCUCUGGACGCAAGUCCAUCCCGACCACCAACACCAAGCCCGUGACCCCCGAGGGCAGCUCUUCCAAGGUCGCCUCUGCCAAGCGAGUCGAGCCCGCUGAGGACGACGAUGAGGACGACAUGUUCAAGCUGGAGGCUGGCGAGGACGACGAGACCCUCGAGGAGGCGAUCUCCGCCCGCGGCUCUCCCCAGAAGCAUCUGCCCGAGCCGGCCGAGGAGGAGCCUGAGGAGCCUGAGGAGGGCGACAAGGCGGAUGAGAAGUCCGAUGACGAGUCGGAUGAGCGCGAGGCCCAGUUCAAGCCGAAUGCUCCCAUCCAGGCCUCGCCUCCCAUCGGCAUGGCCAUCAAGAAGCCCACGGACAUCCCUCCCAAGGUGCCCACCAUGCCCCAGGGAAGCGUCCCCAAGAUGUCUAUCGGCUCGUACGGAGGAAAGCCCAUCAUCAUGGCGGCGGUCAAGGACCAGAAGCUGAUGGAGAAGAUUGCGAAGUCUGAGGAUGCCCGUCCCUUCUUCGUCGGUAGUGUCAACGGACGAAGCGGACCCGACCCCUCCAACGCUAAGAGCUACAGAGCCAGUCUCCCUAGUCCCGCUAGAAGCGGUCCUGGCACGCUGAUGGAGCGUUGGAUGCGUGAGAAGGAGGAGGGCACCAAGUACGCCAGCGACAAGGAGGACGACGAGAACGAGAAGAAGGAGUGA